GGAAAAUGAAACUUUGACUCAGUUUAACUUUCUAUAUACACUCUAUACUCUGUUUCACUUUCUAUAUACAUGCCAGACGACUACACCUGCAUCUUUCACUCUUCACAAACCAUCAUUUCCUCCUUUCAAUGCCCUUCUGAUUAUGCUUGACAUUCAAAGAAAUGGUGAUUUUGGCUCUGAAUCGAAAGAAUUUAACUUCUGGGAUGAUCAGAGAGUCGAAAAGUAUGAUAAGGAUGCUGAUUCUGGGAGUUCUGGUCUAGAGUUUCAGACUAAAACGAGUGAUUCUGAUGCCUACUCUCCGACAUUCUGGGCUACUAGUACUAGACAUGAGGCUACCAAUUUGUUGCAACAGCAUUCCCAGUACAGUGUUAGAAGCCCGACAUCUAGGCUACAGGUUAUGGUAGAUGAUCGGAGGGUGAUCACGAAUAUGGUCCAGAACAUGCCUGAGUCGUCAUUUGAACUAUCUUUAAGGGAUAUAGUAGAUGAUCGGACAAAUAUGAAUGCAGGUGAGAAGAAGAUUGAGAAGAAGAAGUGUGUGGAGAGGACUAAGAUGGUGCGCAGUCAGAGCAUGGAUAGUGGAGUUUUUCUGUUAAAGAUGUUUCUCCCAGCAUGUCUGAGCGCAAAGAAGAAAUCAACAUCAGGAAUUUGCUCCAGGGCUUCUCCAGGGCCAUCGUUUGAUGGAUCCAAGAAGCCAGUGGAAAAGGAGUGGUGGAGCAUGAUGUUUCUUGUUUCACGAAGGAAGAUUAACAAUUGUAGCAGUAAUAGUAGCAGCCGCAGCAGUGGAAGCAUUCAUAACAGGAAUGGAAAUAGCUACAUUACACCAGCUUACGUAUCAUCUAAUCAUUUAAGCAAAUCAAGAAGACACAUAUGGAGCAUUUGUUGAACAAGACUCUUAAUGUCAUAAUGUGUAGCAAGUAUUUCUGCUCCACGGCAGUUUCUACCAAAAUCAAUGGCCCCAGAACCUAUUUCACGUCACAUUUUGUGACAUGGAUCUUGUGAUUGAUUGUAUCUUAUGUAAUGCUAUUAAGAUAUCUUUAGUACAA